GGCGGGGCGGGGCCCUGGGGACGGGGCCGCCGCGGGGAGGCGCCGGGCCUGCGGAGGACGAGGCCGGACGGACGCUGAGCGAGGGGACGCGGCGCGGCGAGGAGAGGCCGGCGCCCUGCGAGGCCGGGCCGGCGCCGCGGGACGAGCCGCGGAGCCCGGAGCCCGGAGCCCGGAGCGGCGCGCGAGACUCGCCCGCACCAUGUCGGCCCCGUGGACGCGGACGCUGCCCGCCCUGCUGCUGCUGUUCAUGGCGGCCUGCAUGGGGGAACUCCUGGAUCCCUGCGGCUACAUCGUCCCCGAGGCUCCGGUCGUGCGGCUCGGCUCUAACUUCACGGCGGUCUGCGUGCUCCGGGAGAAGUGCAUGGACUACUUCCACGUCAACGCCUCCUACAUCUUCUGGAAGACCAACCACGAGACGGUGCCCCGCGCACAGUACACCGUCCUGAACCGCACGGCGGCCAGCGUCACCUUCGCCGACGUCGGCCUGCUCAGCACCCAGCUCACCUGCAACGUCCACGCGUUCGGGCAGAUCGACCAGAACGUGUACGGCGUCCGCGUCCUCUCCGGCCUGCCUCCGGAGAAGCCCACGAACCUGAGCUGCAUUGUGAACGAGGGGAAGAGGAUGACGUGCCAGUGGGACCCGGGGCGGGAAACGCACCUGGACACGAACUUCACCCUCAAGUCCGAAUGGGCCACGGACAAGUUCCCGGACUGUCAGACGAAGCGCGGCAGCCCCACCGUGUGCACCGUGGAGUACCAGACCGUGUACUUCGUCAACAUAGAGGUCUGGGUGGAGGCGCGCAACGCCCUGGGGGCGGCCACGUCCGAGCACAUGAACUUCGACCCCGUGGACAGAGUGAAGCCCGUCCCCCCGUGGAACGUGUCCGUCAGCAGCUCGGAGGAGCUGUCCAGCAUCCUGAAGCUGAGCUGGGUCAACCCCAGCAUCAACAAGUUCAUCACCCUCAAGUACGACAUCCAGUACCGGGCCCGAGGCACCGCAGCCUGGACCCAGGUUCCUCUGGAAGACACGGCGUCCACCCGCUCCUCCUUCACGGUCCAGGACCUGCGGCCCUUCACCGAGUACGUGUUCCGGCUGCGCUGCAUGAAGGAGGACGGCCAGGGCUUCUGGAGCGACUGGAGCGAGGAGGCGCGGGGGACCACCUACGAGGACCGACCAUCCAAGGCCCCGAGCUUCUGGUACAAGGUGGAGCCUGCGCCUGCUCACGGCUCCCGGUCGGUGCAGCUCAUGUGGAAGACCCUGCCUCCAUUUGAAGCCAACGGGAAGAUCUUGGAUUACCAAGUGACUCUCACAAGGUGGAAAUCACGGUCACAAAACUACACGGUCAGGGACACGAAGCUGACGGUGAACCUCACCAGCGAUCGCUACACAGCAACCCUGACCGCCAGGAACCUGGUCGGCACCUCGGAUGCCACCGUGCUCACCAUCCCCGCCUGUGACUUUGCAGCUACUCGCCCCGUGAGGGACCUUAAAGCGUUUCCCAAAGACAACCGGCUGUGGGUGGAGUGGAGCGCCCCCCGCGAGCCUGUGAGCAAGUACAUCCUGGAGUGGUGCGCGCUGUCUGACAAGGCACCCUGCGUCCCCGACUGGCAGCAGGAGGACGGCAGUGUGCACCGCACCCACCUCACAGGGCGCCUGGCCGAGAGCACCUGCUACCUGAUCACCGUCACCCCGGUGUACGGCGACGGGCCGGGGGCCGCCGAGGCCGUGCGGGCGUACCUGAAGCAGGCCGCGCCCUCCUCGGGCCCCGUCGUGCGGACCAAGAAGGUGGGGAAGAACGAGGCCGUGCUGGCGUGGGACCAGCUGCCAGUGGACGAGCAGAACGGCUUCAUCCGGAACUACACCAUCUUCUACAAGACCAGCGCGGGCAACGAGACCGCCGUGAACGUGGACUCCUCCCACACGGAGUACACGCUGUCCUCGCUGACGAGCGACACGCUCUACAUGGUGCGCAUGGCGGCCUACACGGACGAGGGCGGCAAGUACGGCCCCGAGUUCACCUUCACCACCCCCAAGUUCGCCCAGGGGGAGAUCGAGGCCAUCGUGGUGCCCGUCUGCCUGGCCUUCCUGCUGCUCACGCUGCUGGGCGUGCUGCUCUGCUUCAACAAGCGGGACCUGAUUAAGAAGCACAUCUGGCCCAACGUCCCGGACCCGUCCAAGAGCCACAUCGCCCAGUGGUCGCCCCACACGCCGCCCCGGCAUAACUUCAGCUCGAAGGACCAGAUGUUCUCGGACGGCGCGCUCACGGACCUGAGCGUGGUGGAGAUCGAGGCGAGCGACCCGAAGCCGCUCCCGGAGGAGCUGAAGGCGCUGGAGCUGUUCCGGAAGGAGAAGCUGAGCACGGGCGGCCACAGCAGCGGCAUCGGCGGCUCCUCCUGCAUGUCCUCGCGGCAGAGCCUGUCCAGCGGCGACGAGGCGGAGGCGGCGUCCGCGCAGAGCGCCAGCGCCGUGCAGUACUCCACCGUGGUGCACAGCGGCUACCGCCACCAGGUGCCCUCCGUGCAGGUGUUCUCCCGCUCCGAGUCCACGCAGCCCCUGCUCGACUGCGAGGAGCGGCCCGACGAGCUGCCGCCGCCCCGGCAGCAGUACUUCCAGCAGAGCCCCGGCCCGGCCGGCGAGGACCCCGCGGGGCCCGGGCCGCCGCCCGCGUUCCGGGAGGGCCCGGCCGGCGAGGACCCCGCGGGGCCCGGCGAGAGGCUGGAGACGGGUGGGCUGGAGGCCGUGCUCGGCCUGGACGAGGGGCCGCCGAAGAGCUACCUCCCGCAGACGGUGCGGCCCGGCGGCUACAUGCCCCAGUGAGCGCCCGUCCCGCAGGCCGCCGGACAGCCGAGUCUGCGCAGACCCACGGACCCCCUCGCCGCGUGACCACGGCCUUCGGGGGCCCAGGCCCCGAUCCACUCACUACACCCGCCUCCCCGCGGGCUGCCGCGGCCUCGGGGCACGGACCUGUGCCUGGACGCCGGGGCGGACGCACGCUGUGCUGAGGGCCGAGCCGGCCAGCAGCCUCUGCCCCGGAACCGCGCCCGAGCCUUCACAGCACAGACUCACCCGGGACGGCACAGCUGCUGGAGCGGGUUCCGGAGUUGAGCCUGCAAUUGGACAGGCUCCGGCACCUUCCGGCAUCGGCCGCCUGGUGGCUUUCCGAACGCUGCCGUCCCUGCUCACAGCCCCUGCAGCGUCUGACUCGGCGUGCCCAGAGGCACGGGGCCAGCUGUCCGCCCGCACGCCACCCUCACCGCUGAGGGCGAGGCUCCGUGGGAACGCGCUGCCCCUGCAGGUCAUGGCGCAGGCGGUGGCCUCAGCUCAGACAUCCUCCCGCGAGGCGGCUCUGCGCUGGCAGGACUGGGGCAGUCCCGUCCGCUGGCGUGGGAAGCAGCGAAGGGCACGGCCUGCUCUCCCCCCGUCCCCCUCCCCGCCAGCCCCGAGGGGGCACGGCCCGCAGCCACUUCCGUCCCGUCCUCGGGUCAGCGCUGACCACGGCCCCUCCCGCCUCCGCCAGGAGGACGCAGUGGCUGUGUGGGGAGAGGCUGCCCUCCGGGACCUGGGAGACGUGGGCUUGUUUCCCGUCCUUUCACGUGGCAGAACAGGCCGGCCCAGCAGCCGUUCGCGGAGACGGACCAGCUGAGAAAGCAGUGAGCUUCCCGCUGACGGGCACUCCCUCCCUCCGGCGUGCUCCCGGGGAUGUCCAUCGCCGCCACUUCCCGCCCAGGCCUCGGGGCGCCCCGGUGCCGGCUCCCCCGUGGGUGCCCCGGCUUCCGGGAAAUCCUGGCCACCCAUUUCCUCAGCUAACCAGUCCUGUCUGGGGCGCACAGUGAGGACGGGGCCUGGAGGGUGUCGCACAGGAAGGGAGGGUGCGGGCCCGGCUGCCAUAGGGCACCUCAGACCACGACGUGGUCACUGGCAGAGUUCCACUCGGGAAACACGUGUGAUCACUGACUUGGGAUGUGCAUCCUGGCCCCCAGAGAACAAGGGAAGUGCUUGGAGUUGGAUGGCGUGACCGAGGCGUGACCAGGCUGUCUGUGCAUCAUGCGUGUGAUUGUUUCACGCAGGCAGAGGAACCGGCUGGGUUCGUGUCGUGUGUAGUCUAUGCAGAAGGCAUCACGCUUUGAGCAGCUAGGAUCCAGCGGGUGGCACCUGACGUGUGGGGGGCGGGCUGCCCUCACCGGCUCUAGCCCCUCCCAUGGCCUCCGGACGGAGCGGAGCCCCUCACCCAGCCCUCCAGCCCAACCACGGCUCCGCUCCCGCGUCUGUCCCUCCCGCGUAACGCAGCCCUGAGCGCCUGUGGAAACCAGCCCCUGGCAUUGGGCAGCUGAGUCCUUCCCAGCGGGGUCAGCCAGCACGCGGGGCAGCCCAGCACGCGAGCCGCGGAGGGAGAGGCCCGACGGCUCCGUGUGCUCGGUCUGCUCACCGCCGGCCCGCUCGGGUGCCCCUCCCCUCCCCCCUCCCCCUCCCCCGGGAGGGAGCCCUCCAGCCGCCCACGUGCACUUUCAGCUGUCCCUCCUGAAGGCCGCCCGCACGGAGGGCGUCCCGGCGUGGGCGAAGGACUCAGGCCGCCGUUGCUAAGACCCUGCUGGGCGCCAGCCCCUCUCGGGGGCGUUGUGGCCUGUCUGGGAGGGUUGCCUGGCUAAUGAGGACUAUCGGGGUGCAGAAAUGCGAGGCGCAGUGAGAGACGGAGGCCUGUGUUCACAGCGUCUCCUCCCUCGGGUCUGAGGAGGAGCCAGGUGUGCACUGUGUCUCCGUGACGGGAGCCACUCGCUGGGAGUUGUGGUCAGCCUGCUGCCCGGCGAGGCCACUUCUAAACAUCCUUGCACUUUUCUGUGAAUCGAGAGAAGAUGGAGCCACUCAACGGCAAGGUGUCCGGAGAGAGCCCAAAGCAGGGUCCCAGGCCCCCGAGACCUGGGGCCUGGCCCUCCCGCUGGUCCAACAGCCACUGCCCAGACCGUGGGCAGGUGCAGGUGGGGGUGUCUGGGCCACAUGUGGCUUUGGGGUUCAUAUGUCUUUCACGUGCUGCUGGCGUGUGUGCUGCAGUGGUGUGGUGCGGGGGGGCAGUCGUGAUGAAAACGCAGCGAGGCCUGGGGCCACAGGGUGUCCCUUAACCAUGGGCCUUGGCGAGGGAGGACUCGGCGUCCAGGGCUGAUCCACCAGCACCGGGCACCACAGGAGAAGGGGUGUGCUAAGGUCAGUGUCAAAGCCCUUCCAUCUUGACGCGCACGUGUGUGAACAGUGGACGUGGGCGUGCCCUGUCCAGUGCUGCCGUGUGCCCUGCACCGGCCCCGCCCGCCAGGACACCAGCUGCCCCUCCUGGCCGUGGCCAGGGCCCGUGGAGGGUGUUGUCCGUGUUUUUCCUUUGUAGCCAAUUGCAUGUGCUCAUUGUAACCAGCUGUUUUAUGUUGACAUAACUCCACGUGUAUCAUACCAAGCUCUUAUGUAUCACCUGUAACCUUAACCUAUGCAGUAAAUCCUGUUCAGGCU